GGUUAUUUGAAAACAAAAUGUUCUGAAUCAGCAUCUUUUUUUAUUCGGCACAAAUGCCUUUAGUUAGGCCAAGGCCCUGGCUAGCCCAGCUGGCGGCCUGCCUGCUACACGCCCAACCUGUCCUUUUUGCUGUAUGCACGUUACGCUUGGUUUGGGUGGCAGACGAUCGUUCCCGAUUGUGGACUCUCGGACCCACCUUCAUUCUGAUUUAUUACUGUUGCGUUUCAAAAUGAUUUAACAUAAGGCAUAAUAUAAACUGGAUGAAAAUGCAAUCAUUGUGUCAGAGAACUAGGCAUAUGCUUUGCCUUUAUGGAUCACGUUGCAAAAUGAGGAAACAGACCAAGGAUCUAUUAUACAUAUGGAAUGAUAGCUUUCGUCAUAAUGCAAUUGAAUACCAGAUGUGUACAAGUAACAAUGAGUUCCAUAGUAGAUAUCAACAUUGGAAAGAAAGUGGUGCAGAUAGACCGGCAUUCGAUAUGGAGCAUGUAAUAGAAAAUGUCAGAGAAAUUAGCGACAACAAUUUGCAUAGGAAAGGAGAUGCUGAUGUUUACCAUGUGAUUGAAUGUUGGAAAAAUCUGAAAGAAAUCGAAGCUGCUCUCAACAAACUAGAACAGGAAAUAGACAAUUUAGAAUUAAAAAUACAAGAUAAGAGAGAAGACCAAGGCACUUUCGUUAGCAAGAAAAUGGAGUUAUUAAAUCACCAGAAAGAAAUGAAAUUGAUGGCUGAGGAGCAUGAAGAGAAUUACUAUGAAGCAGCCUUGAAGUUACCAAACAGAACACACCCAGAUUCGCCAAUUGGAGAGGAAAGUCAAUCCAGGAUAAUACACAUUGAAGGAGAAAAAGCGAAAUUCAAUUUUCCAAUCCAAGGCCACAUAGAGCUAGGGGAGAACUUGGAUAUACUAAGGAUAAAAAAUUUGGGCAAUGUUGCUGGAAAUAGGUCUUACUAUUUGAAAGGCGUUGGUGCUCAACUGGAGGAGGCCCUCACUAGAUAUACCAUGGAACGAUUGCUGCAAAGAGGAUUUCAGUUACUGUCGGUGCCAGAUCUUAUCAAACCUGUAGUGUUUGAAGGUUGUGGUAUGAGGACAAAAGGUGAACAUACACAGGUGUACUGGCUUGACCCUCAAUAUCAUCCUCAGAACUUGUGCUUAGCAGGAACUGGUGAGGUCGGCCUAGCAGGUUAUUUUAUCAAUAAGGUAUUGACUAGAGCUGAACUGCCGCAAAGAGUGAUGACAACGAGCCGGUGUUAUCGAGCAGAAACUGCGCAUUCAGCCGAUGCAAGAGGCCUCUAUCGAGUCCAUCAGUUCACCAAGGUAGAAAUGUUUGGAGUAACUUCUCAAGAUUCUGGUGAAGAAAGUGCAGAACUAUUUGAGGAAUAUUCAAGUAUACAGAGACAACUCUUCUCAGAUCUAGGCCUACAUUUCCAUGUUCUUGAUAUGCCGUCUGAAGAGCUUGGAGCACCUGCUUAUAGGAAGUAUGACAUCGAAGCCUGGAUGCCUUAUAGAAACAGCUAUGGUGAGAUAUCAAGUACAUCUAAUUGUACAGACUUCCAGAGUAGACGACUCAAUAUAAUGUACGAGAAGUCAGAUUCAGAAACAGAAUAUGUCCACACGAUAAAUGGCACAGCCUGUGCUAUACCAAGAAUGAUUGUCGCCAUCUUGGAGAACUUUCAGCGUGCCGACGGAAGCAUCGCUAUCCCAUCAGUACUUCAACCGUACAUGUGUGGACAGUCAGUUAUAACUAAACCUAGUGGAGGGCUGCUGCAUUACACACGAUUAUGAUGUCUUAUUUACAUUUUAAUUUGUCUUUACUUUGUCAUGAAUCUGGGAACAAAAGUGCUAUAAAAUUGUUAUAGAAUAUAAUAAUCAAAAUUAAAAGAAUUGUUUGAUAAUACACAAAGUGUAUGGUUUUUUAGUAUACAGUACUUGCACAGAUACGGUAAUCUCUAUGCUGUGGAACACAUUCCAUUUUGCACAGAAAUUUCAAGGUUCACUUGAGGUCAUAUCAUUUGACACUUAUGUCAAGUACAGUGUGUUGACAGAAUAUGACCAAUGGCUGAUAGCACUUUGAUAAGAGUAAUUUUGACUUAGUUUCAGCAGACUGCAAUAUACUCAUGCUCCUAUCAAGAGCUUAUUGCUUAUUGUGUUCGGGUGUUGACCAGACUACGUAUGCUCUUAAAAUACAGUUGUACAACAUGUCAAAUAUAUUUCCUCUGUAGCCUGGCUUUAAGAAAAUGUGAAUGACAGAAAAUGAAAACUGAACACAAACCAACAAGGACAAAUGUCUGCAUUUAGCUACAUUUAAUUGUUUGGCACAUAAUAAAUAUUCUUAAUACAUGGUUUUAUAAAAA